UGAACAAAAAAAAUAUAUAUAAAUAUAUACAUAAACAGAAAAAAAAACACUUAAUCAAACGGAUGGAAAAUCAUAUCUAGUACUAGUAACACGCUAAUCAAAGAGUUCGCUGCCGCGCAUCGUGCAUCAGAUCCCUAGAUCGGCUGAACCGAUCCUUUUUUGUCAGCACAUCACUGCACCAGACUCAAACUCAGACUCACCCCCAGACUCCUUUCGGUUGCACAGACAGAGCGCAAAAUUCGAAGGUUCAAAGUUCAAGGCUCGCAGAGGAUCGCAGAGGACUGGCACCUCCGAAAUUGAAGGCCAACCGGGCCAGAAGGCCGUUUAACCAAGUGCAGACCCAAGGAGAGAGUUUCAGGUCCACGCCACGUCGACAGCUGCUUCCAGCCCCAUUUCCUUUCCACUUUUGAUAGUUUUGUACACAGGUUAAGGAUGGUCAUCAAUCUGAACACGGCCACCAGCAGUGGCGGCAGCACCAGCGGCAACAUUAUCGGCGGGAACGGAAACGGGGGCGGAAACGGUAGCGGAUACGGAAGCGGAAACGGAAGCGGAAACGGAAGUGGAAGUGGAAACGGAAGUGGAAGUGGAAGUGGAAACGGCGGCGGCACCACCAGCAACGUGAUGGGCAUCAUCAGUCACGCGGAAUUCGACGGUAUCAUCUAUCUGCAUGUGGUGUGCGCCGGCGACUCAAACGCCAAGUGGAUCACUUUUGACGAGGCGAUGGCCUACUGCCCCACCGGUGUGGUGGCCUACAUGAAACUGCAGAUCGCCGAGUUGUAUGGCGUGCCGAUGGACGUGGUCUUCCUGCAAUCUUGAGAAUUGUCGAGAGGAUUUUAAGAGACCUCACACCUGAAAUAUGGGCUAGAUUCUCCAGCAGAAUCGCCGGCAAACGGCGAAUGACCAAUGGCAAUUGGCAAAUGGCAAAUGACAUUUGAACUUUUGGCACUGUUGACGAAAUCAACCGGUUGUGUCAUAGAAAUUUGAUUUCUCCUGCAACCAGCUCUUCAGCAAGAACAAAACCAAAAUUUCAAGUUCUCCUGCGCAUAGCGCUUUCCCCAAAAGCAGCAAUUCUUACAGAAAGUAUAGAAGUACCAACCAAGGAGACGUAUCCGAAAGAUGUAUUGACGUUCGGUUCGAUAAAUACUGGUUCAACUAACUGGACUGGAGGACUAAUACUUUUUGGCAAGGCUCUAAGUAAUUCAUAAAUUUGGCCUUUAAGUAAUGUAUCAAACGCUCAAAAUAUUUCAUAAAAAUCUCAAAUAAUGAUUGUCAGAACUAUAA